AUGUUUUCAUUUUGGUAUUGCAAUUGAUUAAUGUUCUUAAACAAUUAAAUAAAUACAACUUAUUUAGUCUGCCUUGAUAUACUAAACUUCAUAUUACCACCCUGACCAUAGAUUAAAUAAGAUAAUGAUAAAAAAGGCAGAUACCACACUUCAAUAUAUAGUAUGUUCAAAAUACUGUAUAUUCAAAUAUUCAUUAUAAGCAUUUCACAGUCAUGUCUUAUUGGUUAAGAUACAACUCCUUUACAAAUUAUGGGUUGUCUCUAACUUCAUAUUUUACUCUUUCAGUACCCUAAGGGCAAACAAAGAGCUUACAACUACAAAUCACAUAUUAUGAUGUCAUUUCUCCUUCAUAUGAAUACCAUUUUUAAAACCAGCAAUCUCCCAAAUAGACUCAUAAACAUUAAAGGUUAAUGCAAGUGUGUUUGGUCUGUUGCAGUGUGUAAGGCCUUGCAACAAGGUCUCAAACAACAAAAUCACUAUAGUAACAGCAGAGGAUUUGGACAGUGUACAGCACGGCAAACAUAUCUUUUGUGCUCUGAUGAUGAGAUGAGGGAUAAAUGUCCAUCUGGGUGUCGACUAGAGGGCUUUAUUGACAUGGCAGAUGAAGACAUUCAGAAACGUCUGAGAAAAAUUUGUGCAAGGAUUCAACAUAAUCAGGACAUCACAUCUUCUGUAAUGCAAAAUAUUGUCCAGUACUACUGGUCACAAAGGAAAACUAUCAUCCAAACAUUCAUGCAAGAGCUCAGAUAUGCCGAGUUUGCUGAAGAACUUCACAGAAACCUAACGUUCCUGCAAAAUCGGUCUGCAGAGCUUUCAAAAGAAUUACAGAAGAAGCAUUGUAUGGUCUGGGAUCAGAUAAAUGAAAUUCGCCGAAUUGAGGUGGACAUUGACAUCAAAAUCCGUGCAUGCAAAGGAUCAUGCAAGCAAACCUUUGACCACGCCAUUGAUAAUGAAGGCUUCAGUGCUAUGAAGAACAAAAUGGCAGAGUUCAACAUUCUCUCCAAGAGGCAAAAGUCAUUCUCCAAAAAACUCAUACUUCAGUCUGUUGAUCGGCCCAGUGUGCCCCCCACUUACCGAAAAAUCCCCAUUAUCCGCAAUGAGCUCCUUACGAAGUUUGAAGACAUUGAGCAGCAUCAGGUGGUUUUGGAUGAAUUUUAGAAGAUAUUUAGUAAUAUUUAUUUCUAGAUCUGUGGAUUGAUUGGGAAGUGACAAAAUACUGCACCACAUAUCCUGUGAUUUGGUUGUCUAUUUAAUACAUGUAUUUAUAGAUUUCUAUGCCAUUUAUUUUGUGUCAAUGCAUGUAUACAGUUUUUUGUUCUUAUUUCAGUGUUAUACAUCUAACUUAUGUCCAAUACUCCAAGUUUAGUGUUCAACUAUUGCUCGAAUAUUGUCAUUCUUAACAGUAUUGACAAAUACAACAAAAGAUAACUUUGGCUAUGCCUUAGUUGCUACUGACAACCAAAUGAGAAUGCAAAAUCAGACUGCCAGAGACAAUGUAUCAAAAAAUAUUUAAAUAAAACAUUACAAA